CAACGGGAGCAACAAAUUUUUCGUACGGAAAAAUUAACAAAAAUAGUGAUUUAAAUUAAACAAAAUUAAUAAAUUUUCGGCAACACCAAAUAAAUUUCAAUUGUUUAAUACUGAAAUAUAUAUAAAAAGUGUUUAAAAGUGCUAAUAAAGAACAAAAUAAAUUGCAUUAAAAAUGUGUACAAUACAACUUACGGAUAAGUAAAACUAAGAAAACACGCAAAUGAAAGAAAUGUAGAAAAACGUACAACAAUAAAAACAACAUAAGCGCCAGAGGAGCGCCAGUAUUCUUUCCAAAAAAAAUUAUUGUACAUAUAACAUACAUAUUCCAAGUCUCCAUAACAAUGUGGAGAACAAAUGUUAGAAUUUCGUGUUACGGAAGUGUUUCUUUAAAAUAGAAUCAUAAUAAAAUCUAUAAGCAAAACAUAACUACAUAUUAAAAUAUGUAUUUAACUUUAAUGUAAGAACAAAAUAUAAAUCAUUAAACGUGUGUUCACAAAAUAUCUACAUAAAUAGUUUUUUGGCAAAUAUAAACCUGUGCGUUAAGAAAAGUAACAACAUAAAAAUACAAUUUUUAAUUAUUGUGAGAUUAGUUUUAUUGUUGUUUGUUUAUUAUCGUAUCCACGUCUCUUUGUCUUCAUCAGAAUCAUUAUUAUUUAAGGAAUAGCAAGAUGUUGCAGUUAUCUUGGAAACCUUUAAUACCCUUUGGUAUAUCCUUGCUACUAGGUUUUUGUUUUUGCCUCUCCGAAUCAGCCAUUUUACCGCCAGAUCAUAAUGUUGAUUGUGAACACUACGACGAGAAAGAAUGUGUGACGCGUGGUGAUUGUGCCACAACAAUCGAACAUUGUAAAUUUGAUUCGGAUAAACCGCCCAGUUGUUAUGUGCUAUGGUCUCGCGAUGAAAUAACGGGCGAAGACCAUAUCAAAAUGAAGGGUUGCUUCUCACAAACUCCUGAAUGUAAUCAAACAGAAUGUGUUACGAGUUCGGAGCCUCGCAAGAAUAAUAUGAAUUUAUUGCAUUUUUGUUGCUGCAAACAAUCAAUGUGUAACACUGCACAAAAAUGGGAGCCAACAACAACAGAAGCAACAACACAAGUACCCAAGGAGAAGACUCCCGAGGACGCGGAUUUAAUUUAUAUUAUAAUUUGUUCCAUCAUACUUGCCAUAUUAAUAACCAUUACGGGUAUAGGUCUAUUUUUAUACCGUAGACGUAAACAAGCCCACUUUAACGAGAUACCCACAAACGAAGCUGAAAUUACCAAUUCAUCGCCUUUGCUCAGCAACCGACCCAUUCAGCUGUUAGAAUUGAAAGCCAGCGGUCGUUUCGGUGACGUCUGGCUGGGAAAACUUCACAAUCAAGAUGUGGCUGUGAAAAUAUUCCGCAUGCAAGAGAAAGAAUCCUGGAAUACUGAAUUGGAAAUCUACAAAUUGCCCCGCAUGCGUCAUCCCAAUAUUUUGGAGUUUUUGGGCCAUGAGAAACACACCGAAAAAAUACAACAAGAAUUCUGGCUGAUAUCGGCCUAUCAACAUAAUGGUUCAUUGUGUGAUUAUCUAAAAGCGCAUACGGUCACGUACCAGGAACUGUGUAAAAUAGCCGAAUCGAUGGCAUGUGGUUUGGCUCACCUGCACGAGGAGAUUUUGUCGGCGAAAACCGAAGGCCUUAAGCCGUCCAUAGCGCAUCGUGAUUUUAAGUCGAAAAAUGUUUUACUCAAAAAUGAUUUGACGGCGUGCAUUGCUGAUUUUGGUUUAGCCAUGAUAUUUCAACCGGGCAAACCUUGUGGUGACACACAUGGCCAGGUGGGCACAAGACGUUAUAUGGCUCCUGAAGUCUUAGAGGGCGCCAUCAACUUCAAUCGUGAUGCUUUUCUACGCAUAGACGUGUAUGCCUGUGGUCUUGUGCUGUGGGAAAUGGUGUCACGUUGCGAUGAUACUGGACCUGUGGGAGAAUUCUUAUUGCCAUUCGAAGCAGAGCUGGGCCAAAGACCUACCUUGGAUGAAGUACAAGAGAAUGUUGUGAUGAAAAAAUUACGUCCACAAAUUUUAAAUUCAUGGCGUUCACAUCCGGGCAUCAGCAUUAUCUGUGACACAAUGGAAGAAUGUUGGGAUCAUGAUGCCGAGGCUCGACUCUCCUCCUCCUGUGUUAUGGAACGUUUUCUACAACUGCAAAAAUAUCCCACCACAAUGUUAAUUAAAACCAAUACCAACAAUAUCGUGGUCGAUGCAAAAGAUUCUAACAAUUUAAGUUUAUAGAACAGGUAUUAAAUCACUCUUGUUACUAAUUUUAACUUCCACACAAUCGUUAAGUUAGAAUAUAAAGUGCACACAAGAGUGAUACAAAAUAACAUAUUAACAAAGGCGCGCCACAAAAUACAAAAAAUAUUAAUAACAAUUAUAUAGAAUUUUUUGUUUGUUUUAAAACUAAUUAAAAUAAUUGUUUUGAGUUUUGAACCCGCUCCUCUAAGUCGUUAUUACGAAAGAAAUAUAUACGAGUAAUUAAAUAAAACCUAUGCUAAAUUUACUCAAAUACAUAACUAGUUAACUUUUUUACUGUCUUAUAACAUAAUAAAAUUAUGUUAGUGGGAUUUUUAAAGAAAAAAAAAGUUUUCUAGACUUUUGAGAAAAUAAGCUUAAGGGAAAUAUGUUAUAGAAAUUGUUUUCCUUUACAAUUUUACGACCCUGGAGGGAUCAUUGUUUUAGAAAAUUAGUUUCUAAAUCAUUUGAGAAACGUUUUUAUAUGAAAAAUGCCGCACAAUGAUGGUGUAACAUUUUUUGUAUAACACGAUUUUCAUAAUGCUUUUACUAUUUGUUUUAUAAAUUACAAUACAUAUAGUUUUAUUUGUCACGAAAGUAAAAAGUAAAUAAACAAAAUAUAAACAUAAGAACAAAUAAAUAUGUAUAAUACAUUUUAUGUCAGUCUUGUCUUAACACAAUUUCAAGCUAAAUAAUCAAAAUUUAUAGGAAAGUGAAAAGUUAAUGCUGGAAUUAAAAUUUAUAAAAUAAAUUCUUAUGCCGUUAUGAGGUUUUUAAAAUCAUACAACAAUUAAACAAAAAUAUAAAUAUUUGAAAGGAGAAUUAGUGUAGGUGUUGGUAGAAAUCUAUAUAACACAGCUACUAAAAAUGCUGUAUACCUCUUAAACACGUUGUCUGCUCAUUUGUACAUUACUUUCUGUAUUACAUCUUUCUAAAUCAUAAAUUAUCUUCAACUUUCCUAUAAUCUUCACCACCUAAUUACAAAAGUUUAGACAAGACUGUGUUAAGUAUUUAAUAAUUAGAAUUUUUAACCGAAAAAAAAAACAAAUAUGCAGCUAAGUUAUACAAAAUAAAGUUAAAAAUAAAAAUACAUUUAUAUAUUAAGAUUUAUUAACAUAUGACUGAUUGAUUAGAAAGAUGAAAAGAAAAAAAGAAAUAUUUUAUUUAAAAAAUAAUAAUAAAAUAAAACAUUAAUCCCGAUUCCUAUAUUGAGCAACCAAAUGCCAUGUCUCUCGUCUACCAUAAACAAAAAAUCCCUUGUUAGGAUUUUUUUCCAAACCACUUUGACUCUUAACAAAAUAACCUAGUUAAUAGACCUAAUAUUAUUAAUAUUAUAUUGUUGUUUUCAUUUAAAUAAUUUAGUAGUACUUUUUAUUAGAUUAUAGUUUAAAAUUUUUCCGAUAUUUUUUCUACAAAUAUGAUGAUGUUAUGUUGUAAUUCAUUUCUUGUGUUUUAGUUAAAUAUAUUUUAUUUUUAUUAAAAUUAUUGGUAAUUUCUUAAUUAAUUUUUUUUUUGAGCUGAAAUAAAAUUUUAUUUUUCCAACAA